AUGGCCGAAUUUGUAGCCGACUUUGGCAUGCUUUUAUAUGUCCAUAGCGGCCCGGAGGAGCAGACGAACAUUAUGUUCUCGCCUUUGUCCAUAUUUAUCACCAUGUGCAUGACUUUUAUGGGGUCGCACGGAGAAACAGAGGUCGAAAUUCGAAACAUACUCUACAAAAGCAAGCUGGACAAGAAUGCCGUCCAGACGAGCGUUUCCGCAUUGCUGAAGAGCCUUCAAGUGAACGAGGUUGGUGUCCUGCUACGAUCUGCCAAUCAGCUGUUCUGUAGCGAAACUGUGAAACUCUUAAAGUCGUUCCAAGAUGUUAUGACCAAAAAUUUCGCUUCCGAUGUAAAACAACUGAAUUUUGCCGACAGUUUCCAGGCAACUCAAAAAAUCAACUCCUGGGUGCAGCAGCAAACCGAAGGGAAGAUCAAUGACUUGUUACCUCCGGAUGUGAUCGAUGAGUUCACCCAACUAGUGCUGGUUAAUGCUCUCUACUUUAAGGGAGACUGGAACACUAAGUUUAACGCUAGCGAAACUGUGGAGGAAGAUUUCUACAGUAGUCCUUCCAAAACAGUUCACGUUCCAAUGAUGAAAAUGAAAGGCAGGUUUUUGUAUGGCGAAGAAAAUGGAUAUCAAGUUAUGGCUUUGCCUUAUGUUGGACAAACACUGGCAUUUUAUAUAAUUUUGCCUACCGAGCGCUUCGGUCUCCAGUCCUUUAUGAAGAAGCUAACAGGAGAAAGUCUGAUCGCUUUCAUGGAGGACGUUUAUCCGGCGCCCGUCACAGUAUCGAUUCCGAAGUUCAAACUCGAAAAGGCUCUUGAUUUGAAAGAUAUCUUAACUGGUGCUGGGCUGUUGACCAUGUUUGAAAAGGGUAAGGCUGAUUUCACAGAUAUGAACGGAGCGCGAGAUUUGUUUGUUGGUGCUGCAAAACACAAAGCGUUCAUCGAAGUCAACGAAGAAGGUAGCGAAGCUGCAGCCGCCACAGCCAUGGUUAUGACCAAUCGUUGUGCUAUGGAGGUCGUGGGUGAUAUUCACUUCAAUGCUGACCACCCGUUCCUUUUCUGUAUUACAGAAUGCAGCACCAUGAACAUCUUGUUUCUUGGUAGAUACAUGGGCCCACAGUAA